AUGGCUGAGCCCCGCCAGGAGUUCAACGUGGUGGAAGAUCAUGCUGGGGCGUACGGGUUGGGGGAGAGGAAAGAUCUCCCCUCUCGGGGGGACUACACCCUGCUGCAAGACCAUGAGGGCGAUGCUGACCAUGGCCUGAAAGAGUCUCCCCUGCAGACCCCCGCCGAUGACGGAUCUGAGGAACCCGGCUCUGAAGCCUCUGCUAAGAGCACCCCGACGGCCGAAGACGUGACAGCGCCCCUAGUGGAUGAGAGCGCACCCGGCGAGCAGCCCCACACGGAGAUCCCAGAAGGAACCACAGCUGAGGAAGCCGGCAUCGGCGACACCCCCAGCCUGGAAGACCAAGCUGCCGGACACGUGACCCAAGAGCAGGAGAGUGUUCAGGGUGCCCAAGAAGGUGUCCUUGGUGAUCCAGGGUGCCGUGGAAGCCAAGCCCCCGACCUAGGCAGCCUGCAUCUGACCCAGCAGCUCGCUGCGGACACGCCUGGGGCUUCCAUCCUGACGGAGCCCGGGGACACAGCAGGAUGCCACAGGGGCCCCGAGCUGCCGAAGCGCCAGCUUUUGGAAGACCCUGCUCCAGAAAGGCCCCCUCUGAAGGACGGCCAGGGCAAAGAGAGGCUGGCGGGCAAGGAGGAGGUGGAUGAAGACCGGGACAUCGACGAGUCCUCGCCCCAGGCCUCCCCUCCCUCCCAGAUCUCCCCACAUGCACACAUCUCCCAAAGCCUCGCCGAGGCAGGCCCCCAGACAAUUUCCAGAGAAGCCACUGGCGUCACUGGUGUCCCAGCUCAGGGUGCCAUCUCCCUCCCUGUCGGUUUCCUCCCCGAAGUUUCCACAGACGCCUGGCUCCCAGAGUCCGAUAUGCCCAGUGCAGGGCCGGCAGAGGCGGAGGGACACGAUGCUCCGGCUGAGUUCAUGUUCCAAGUAGAAAUCACAGCCAAUGUGCAGAAGGAACUGGAAUGUUCAGAGUUGGAUUUGGAAGGGGCCGCCCUUCCGGGGAGCCCUGGAAAGGACCAGGAGACCCGGGGCCCCUAUGUGGGGGCAGAGUCUCAAAAGGCCGACCUUCCAGAACCUUCUGAAAAGCAGCCUGCAGCUGGUCUGCCAAGGAGGCCGGUCAGCCGGGUACCUCAACUCAAAGCUCGCAUGGUCAGUAAAAGCAAGGAUGGGACUGGAAACGAUGACAAAAGAACAAAGACAUCCACACCUUCCUCUGCUAGAACCCUGAAAAAUAGGCCUUGCCUUAGCCCCAAACGCCCCACUCCUGGUAGCUCAGACCCUUUGAUCAAACCCUCCAGCCCUGCCGUGUGCCCAGAGCCAUCUUCCUCUCCUAAACACGUCUCAUCUGUCACACCCCGAACUGGCAGUUCUGGAGCAAAGGAGAUGAAAGUCAAGGGGGCAGAUAAGACUGGAACGAAGAUCGCCACUCCCCGGGGAGCUGCCCCUCCAGGCCAGAAAGGCCCAGCCAAUGCCACCAGGAUUCCUGCGAAAACCACGCCUUCCCCAAAGACACCACCCGGCACUGCUACCAAGAAAGUACAGAGAAAACCUCCCCCUGCAGGGGAGAGAUCUGAGAGAGGGGAAUCCGGGAAAUCUGGGGACCGCAGUGGCUACAGCAGCCCAGGCUCUCCGGGGACUCCUGGCAGUCGCUCUCGCACCCCGUCCCUGCCAACCCCGCCCACCCGGGAGCCCAAGAAGGUGGCAGUGGUCCGCACCCCACCCAAGUCACCAUCCUCAGCCAAGAGCCGCCUGCAGACGGCCCCUGUGCCCAUGCCGGACCUGAAGAACGUCAGGUCCAAGAUUGGCUCCACCGAAAACCUGAAACAUCAGCCCGGAGGCGGAAAGGUGCAGAUAAUUAAUAAGAAGCUGGAUCUUAGCAACGUCCAGUCCAAGUGUGGCUCAAAGGAUAAUAUCAAACACGUCCCAGGAGGCGGCAGUGUGCAAAUAGUCUACAAACCAGUCGACCUGAGCAAGGUGACCUCCAAGUGUGGCUCGUUAGGCAACAUCCAUCAUAAACCAGGAGGUGGCCAAGUGGAGGUAAAAUCUGAGAAGCUGGACUUCAAGGACAGAGUCCAGUCCAAGAUCGGUUCUCUGGAUAACAUCACCCACGUCCCUGGUGGAGGGAAUAAAAAGAUCGAAACCCACAAGCUGACCUUCCGUGAGAACGCCAAAGCCAAGACAGACCACGGGGCAGAAAUUGUGUACAAGUCGCCCGUGGUGUCCGGGGACACAUCUCCACGGCACCUUAGCAACGUCUCCUCCACCGGCAGCAUCGACAUGGUAGACUCGGCCCAGCUCGCUACACUCGCGGAGGAGGUGUCCGCUUCCCUGGCCAAGCAGGGCUUGUGA